UUGUGGUACGGUUUUGGCGCCAAGAGUUGACCUCUGGUGACCAGUGACCUGAGGUCAACAGACUGGUCUGGAGUGUGGCUGAAGAAGCAUUGAUACUGUUGCUAUUUAUCUUGUUAUUAAUAUACCAUGUAAUUGUCAAGACUUGAUUGUGUCAAGACACUACAUAAAUUGGCGACGAGGAUGUCAAACUAACUCUGAUAAUUGAGCCAAGGAAGAAGACGGACUACAAGUAGACUGUAGAGUACAAGUGAGGCAAGUGGCUGCAGCUGUUAUCGAGGAAGGGAGGUGCGGUAAGAUGGACGGGAUCCAACCACCACCUGCCUUCCUGCCGGCGGCUGGUAAGCCAAAGGUACCCUGGUCUGGGUGGUAUGCUGAUUUCGAGGUGUAUGCUCUUGCUAUUGGGUGGUGUGAGUGGUCAGAAGAACGCCAGCAGGCCUUGCUGCUUCAUUGUGUGGGUGCAGAAGCUCGUAGGCUGUACAGGACUAAGCUGCCAACAGGAGGACUUGUGAAGCAGCCCAAAGUUGAAGGUGAGAAUGAAUCACAGCACAGGUCACUGGCCAUGCAGUCAUGUAGCAUUUUUGAGGAACUAUUUGCAGCCAAAAAUGACUAUAUUACUGAGCGUGUGCAAUUCAGAAGGUGCGUGCAGGACAGGAACACGACAGUCCAGACGUACCUAGCUAACCUUAGGGAGAAGAGUCAGCGAUGUGGAUUUGGGGAAUUAGAAGAUGAGAUGAUACGGGACCAGUUUCUUGAGGGAUGUUCAUCAAGUCGCCUGAGGGAGCGUCUUUGUUCAGAGCAGUGCCUAACCUUGACCCGUCUCGAGGAGAUUGCAGCAGCAGCAGAAAUCACUGCAGAGCGACAUACAACAGUCUGUGGCGCCGUAGGGCCAGUUCAAGAUGCAUUUGAGGAUGCCAGUCAAGAGGUGGCAGCGACAUCCGGUAAGUUUGGCAAACCGAGAUCCCCAGACAAUGGCCGUCGGUCGAAGACUUGCUUUGCAUGUGGCUUCAGUGGUCACAGGUCGGGCGAUAGCCGAUGCCCAGCCAGGGAGAGGGAAUGCCACAUUUGUCAUGAAGUGGGUCACUUCGCCAGAGUAUGCAGGACCAGAUCACAGAGACCGGACACCACGAGAGCCCCACCCGGAGUUUCGACUGUAGAAGUCUCAUCAGUUCAUGACUUGCUGAGCUUGUCUGGUCCAAUGCUUGAUGUGGAUGUUGAUGGCACUCUGCUGGAGAUGAUGGUAGACACUGGUUCGCCUGUUAGCCUCCUGCCUUUGCAUCUGCACCAGGCGAGACUCCCUCAACUGCCACUGCAUGCAUGUGAUGUUGCAUUACGAGGAUAUGGGGGACACAGCCUUGACGUUGUUGGUGUAAUCCGGGCCACAGUGACCAGUAACGGUAAGUCAGCUGACGCUGACUUGUAUGUGAUGAGAGGCGGUACUGUACCUUUGUUGGGGCGUGACUUACAGCUCAGUCUGCAGAUCACAGUCAAGAACGGCAAUGCUGUGUGUGCCGUGUCACCUGGGAGUCAACCGGAGCUAAGCCAGCCCGGUCUCCCUCCCCUUCGUGGGUUUGUUCACAGGGUAAAGGUGAGGGACGGUGUUUCCCCUGUCCAGCAGAAGAUGCGGCCUCUGCCGUACUCAGUCAGGGAGGAAGUGAAGGCACACCUGGCAGACCUGGAGGCAAAGGGUGUCAUCGAGAAGGUGGACUCGUCACCUUGGAUAUCUCCGAUGGUGGUCACCAGGCGCCGCACCGGCGGAAUCCGGGUAUGUCUCGACCUGAAAAAGGUAAAUCAAGCGGUCAUGCCCAGCAAGUAUCCGCUACCUGACAUGAUGGAUAUGCUCGAUAAGCUUAAGGGGGCUGCAGUGUUCUCGAGCUUGGAUAUGAAGUCUGCCUUCAAUCAGCUUCCACUGCAUGAAGAGUCCAGAAAUUUGACGGCCUUUAUGACACCUGAUGGGCUGAGAAGGUACACCCGAUGCUGUUUUGGUUUGUCCUCUAUCCCGGCAGCUUUCCAGAAGGUGAUGGACAACAUCUUGGCUGGACUGUCGGGGGUCCAAGUCUACGUCGAUGACAUCAUCAUCUUUGGUGAGAACCAGGACCAGCAUGAUGCUCGUCUUCAGCAAGUGUUGGCCAGGCUAAAGGAGUACCAGGUAACCUUGAACGAGGAGAAGUGCACCUUCAGCACCACAUCUCUAGAGUUCCUGGGCUUCACUGUCACGAAGAACGGCUUCAAGGUGAGCGAGAACCGCGUCAAGGGUAUGCGGGACAUGAAGUCGCCCAGCACGGCUAAACAGCUACAGUCGGCCUUGGGACUGUUCGGCUUCUACGCCAGGUUUGUGAGCGACUUUUCCACACUGGUGGAUCCACUUCGGGCCACCCUGAAAGCAGAGCGUUUCCAGUGGACGCAGGAGCUGGAGACUUGUUUCAGGGAAGUUAUCUCCAAGAUCAUCAACAGCUCAGCGCUCACGAUGUACGACCCAGAUCGACCGACUGUCGUGACAUCAGACGCUUCGGAUGUAGGCCUCGGAGCAGUGCUGAGUCAGAUCUACCCCGAAGGUGAGAGAGUUGUUUCUUUCGCAUCAGCCACUCUAUCAGACACCCAGAGGAAGUAUAGCGUUACUGAGCGGGAGGCCCUUGCGGCCAAGUGGUCAGUUGAGCACUGGCAUAAGUAUCUUUUCGGAACCCACUUCACCUUGCGGACGGACCACCAAGCCCUACAGUCGCUCUUAUCAUCAAAGGGGAUUGGUAGGGCAGGAAUGAGGCUGUCUCGAUGGGCAAUAAGACUCAUGGCGUAUUCGUUCAGUGUGGAGCAUGUUGGUGGUUCCAGAAAUGUUGCAGAUGGCCUCUCCAGACUGCCAGCCUCGACACACACCCCAGAGGAUGACGACCAGCUGAUGGUGGCGGCGAUCACUGACAGGAUCGCGCGUAAAUCUGCGGUAACCAGAGACAGCAUACGAGCGGCGGGCGCUGAGGACGAGGAAUUGACCAGACUGUGCAGGCAGAUCGUGUCUGGCUGGCCAGCUCGCUCGAAGGACUGCCCAACAGACCUGCAGUCGUACUACAGGUUCAGAAAUGAGCUUACGGUUGUCGAAGGCCUCAUACUCCGUGGCGAGAGAAUCGUCGUCCCGUCCGUACUCCGGCAACACCUUCUGGAACAGGCCCACGAAAGCCAUCCAGGCAUCGUCAGGACUAAACAACGUCUACGGGAACUUUUCUGGUGGCCAGGUAUGGACGCGGCAGUGGAGAACAUAGUGAAGUCCUGUACAGUAUGUGACGCUGUUGAUAAGAGUGCGAAGCCGCGCAACAUCCUGCUUCAACCGGUUCCCUUCCCGGAGAAACCCUGGUCUAAGUUGGGAAUCGAUUUCAUCGGACCGCUAGAAGGAGGGGGAAUAGGUAGAAGAUUCGCCAUUGUCAUGACAGACUAUCACUCAAAGUGGCCGGAGGUGGCAUUCUGUCCGCACCCCUCAUCCCGCGCAGUAAUCAACUUCAUGGAGACAGUGGCUGCGAGAGAAGGGUAUCCAGAGGAGCUGGUAUCUGAUAACGGCACAGCGUUUACAUCUCAUGAGUUUACAGAGUAUCUGAGUGAAGUUGGAGUCAAACAUAUUCGGGUCACCCCAUACCACCCAAGAGGGGCAGGAGCAGUGGAACGAUUUAACCGUGUGCUUAAAGGUGUCCUACAGACAGCUACUCUUGAAGGACAGGACUGGAUGGUAGCUGUGAGGCAGUUUCUGCUUCAAUACCGGGUGACAUCGCAUGCCACAACCGGCCGGAGUCCCGCAGAGUUGCUCCGUGGUCGACAGCUACGCACGCCUCUGCGAGCAGCAGCAGAUGGUCAGCACUGGUUUGUGACCAAUGAACAGGAGCGGACAUGGUGGAAGGUGUCGAAGCAGUCUGCAAGGAUGGUUCAUCUACCGCGGACCAGCCAUCGAGGAUGAUGGCAGGAGCCUCACAAGAGAAGAUGAUGCGACCUCCAGCAGCAGAAGUAACCCCGUCGGGCGGCAGGAUCGAGGAAGUCCCUUCAACAGGGGACGUGUGGAACAGGAGUGCAGCAUCGGAGGUGUCGGGUGAUCAGCAGAGUGAUGACCCUGCGCCUGAGCGUAGAUCGGGUAGAGAAAGGAAACGGCCCAAGAGGCUCAUUGAGGAGUGUGGUUGAUGCGUGAUACUGUGAUUGAUGCAUAAGGUGAUGGGCACAUUGUAAUGGUGUUUUCCGUUGGCAUUCAUUACUAGUUUCUUGCUUGUAAUGGCGUUUUCUGUUGGCAUUCAUUACUAGUUUCUUGCUUUAUUUCUAAGGGAAGGGGAAUGUAGUGUUUGCAUGUUGAGUUCAUGGUGCUGCCAAAUAAAGGUAUUUCCCUAUGUGGCAGCAAUGGCACAUUGGUGGCGCACACGUGACAAUUGUGGUACGGUUUUGGCGCCAAGAGUUGACCUCUGGUGACCGGUGACCUGAGGUCAACAGACUGGUCUGGAGUGUGGCUGAAGAAGCAUUGAUACUGUUGCUAUUUAUCUUGUUAUUAAUAUACCAUGUAAUUGUCAAGACUUGAUUGUGUCAAGACACUACAGC